AUGCUACCUUUGGUUGUUAACGUAGUUCUCAUUUGUCUGUAUGCAUCUGUUUGUUUACGCUGCAGUGUGGCAGCAGUAAAUAAACCGAAAAAUAACUCCCUACCAGCGGUCAUCGCAUUUGGAGACUCCUUUGCAGAUUCGGGGAACAAUAACUUCCGAGUAACGCUUGUAAAGGCUAACUUCUACCCCUAUGGAAAGGAUUUCAUGGGUGGGAAGCCAACAGGAAGAUUCACCAAUGGGAAGACACUUGCGGAUACCAUUGUGUUACUCGAAUCGCAAGAAUUAUGGAACAUCGUCGAAGAUGGAUAUCAAGAGUUGGGAAAUAAUCCAACAAAUGAAGCCAACACUGCAUACCGAGAGUCAAUCAAAAGAGAUAAACGUGCUCUGCACAUAAUAUUUCAAUCAGUAAGUGAUACCGUAUUCGAGAGGAUCGCUAUGGCAAAUUCAUCAAAGGAGGCCUGGAAUAUUCUACAUAAAUCAUAUAGAGGAGAAAAUCGAGUAAAAACUGUAAGACUUCAAACUCUUAGAUGUGAAUUUGAUGCGUUAAACAUGAAAGAUGGGGAAUCUGUUGAAGGAUAUUUCAAUAGAAUAACCCUAAUAGUGAAUCAGUUAAGAAUGAAUGAAGAAAAGAUUAGUGAACAACGAAUUGUAGAAAAAAUUCUACGUAGCAUGACUCGAAAGUUUGAGUCGGUUGUGAUCACUGUAGAGGAAACUAAGAAUUUAGAAGAUGUUUCCACCGAAGAAUUAAUGGGAAUCCUGCAAUCCCAUGAGUUACGAAUGAAAAGAUACGAAGAUCCUCCGAUUGAACAUGCAUUUCAAAUUCAAAAUGCCAAUCAAGAUAAGUUUCGACAAAAUCGAAACAGUGGAGUAGGAAGAGGACGUGGUAGAUUUAGGGAUCGAUAUUUAAGUUCCAUUAGAUGUUAUAACUGUCAAAAACUAGGCCACAUCGCCAAGUUUUGCAAACAGAAAGAGGAAAACGGAAGUACAGAUAACAUGUUAAUUCAUCAAGAGGAUGAACCGGAUGGAAAGGAAACAGAUGAUUCGAUGUUCAUGAUUCUGAAUAUGGAAGAAACAGUGAACGAUGAUCAUUGGUAUUUAGACAGUGGUUGCAGCAACCACAUGACAGGAAACCGAGACUUGUUCAUAACGUUAGACGAGUCAAUAAGAAAAGAGGUACGAACAGGAGAUGAUAAGAAGUUAGAAGUCUUAGGCAGUGGGGAGGUCAUGAUUAUAAUACAGGGGCGAAGCAAAAGGAUACAAAAUGUAUUUUAUGUCAAAGGUUUAAGACAUAAUCUUCUGAGCGUGGGACAACUCAUAAAAAAAGGUUACAUGGUUAAAUUUCAAGAAGGUAAAUGCAUUAUAAAGGAUGUUAGAAAUGAAACCUUGGGUGUCAUAAGGAUGACAAACAACAAAAUGUUUCCUCUCAAUCCUGGAAAGGAUUUAACAUUAGCAUUGACCAUGACUACCAAGGAAACCUCUACACUAUGGCAUAAGAGGUAUGGACAUGUGAAUCUAGAUACACUAGCGGAUAUGGGGAACAAAGAUUUAGUGUAUGGACUGCCAAAAAUUUCGAGAGACAUAAGCAUAUGUGAGGGAUGUAUAUCGGGCAAGCAAGCGAGGAAAGGUUUUCCAAAUAAAACGAAGUGGCAAGCAACUAAACCACUUCAACUUAUCCAUUCAGACAUAUGUGGUCCGAUGAGAACGGAGUCAAUUAGUGGAUGCAGGUACUUCAUUACCUUCAUUGACGAUUAUUCUAGAAAAACUUGGGUGUAUUUUCUUAAACUCAAGUCCGAGGCAUUGAAUUAUUUCAAACUAUUCAAAGCAUUAACCGAAAAUCAAUCGGAUCACAUGAUAAAGACAUUAAGAACAGAUCGUGGAGGCGAAUAUUGUGGAAAAUUAUUUCAAGACUAUUUGAAAGAGAAUGGAAUUCAUCAUCAACUCACCAACAGUUAUACACCCCAACAAAACGGGGUAGCCGAAAGGAAAAACAGAACACUAAUGGAGUUAAGUCGAAGUAUGUUGAACAUGAAGAUAUUACCAAACAAAUUCUGGGCAGAGGCAAUAGCCUGCACCACAUACAUACUGAAUCGAACGGUCACAAAGACUAGACCAAAUACAACUCCAUUUGAAACAUGGAAUGGAAGAAAACCAAAUGUGGAGCACUUCAAAGUUUUCGGUAGUGUAGCUUAUGUCCACAUACCCAAACAGCAGUGGAAUAAAUUGGAUGAUAAAACGGAGAAGAUGAUAUUUGUUGGGUACAGUGGAAAUAGUAAAGGAUAUAAGCUGUUUAAUCCUUUAACUAACAAGAUCACUAUAAGCAGAGACGUGAUCUUUGAUGAAAAUAAAAGGUGGGUCAUUAACAAUGAAUCAAACGAGACUCCAUACAUGAUAAUGGAGGAUAAUGCAGUACCAAUGAGUCAAGACGAUGUGGAAGUAAACUCCGGAUUAACUGAAUCACAGCAAACACAACAAAAUCAAGACGAUAGUGAGUUAGAUCCUACACCAAGUCAAAAUCAGCAUAAUGAAGAAACCUCCUCUACUGAUUCUGAAAACGAAACGAUUCGUACAAGAAACAUCAACAGUGUUUAUAGAGACACAAGGGCAUUAACUAAUGAAGAAAUACUACAAAAGUAUAAUGAAAAUCAAGUGAUCAACUUUGUACUCUAUGCUAGUACGGAUCCCACCACCUACGAAGAAGCCAGUAAAGAUGGGAAAUGGAUUGAUGCAAUGGAUAAGGAAAUGGAACCAAUCUACAAAAAUAAAACCUGGGAUCUGGUUGAUCCCCCGAAAAAUCAGAAACCUAUAGGGGUUAAAUGGAUCUACAAGACAAAGUAUGAUGAGAAAGGAAAUGUAGAUAAAUACAAAGCAAGACUGGUGGUAAAAGGGUAUAAACAAAAAUUCGGGAUAGAUUACCAAGAGUUAAUUUCUGAGUUCAAAGAUGAGAUGAAAAAGGAAUUCGAGAUGACUGACAUGGGAAAACUGCAUUACUUUCUUGGCAUGGAAGUCUCCUAUGAAGAUGGCAAUAUAAUCCUAUCACAAAAGAAAUACAUGAAAAAUUUGCUUGAAAAAUACAGAAUGAGUCAAUGCAAUACAGUUUCGACACCGAUGGAUUACGGAAUAAAACUAUCAAAGGACGAUCCGGAAGAGUUCAUAAAUGAAAGCAUGUAUAGAAGUCUAGUAGGAAGUCUAAUGUAUUUGACAAAUACUAGACCAGACAUAAUGUUCGCAGUAAGUAAAAUAAGUAGGUUUAUGGAAGCUCCUAAACGAAGUCAUUGGGAAGCAGCCAAGCGCAUACUCAAAUAUGUUAAAGGAACUCUUGAUCAAGGGAUUACAUACUCCAAGGGUGGAAAACAGAAACUGAUAGGGUUUAGUAAUAGUGACUAUGCAGGAAAUGUGGAUGAUAGUAAAAGUACAUCCGGAUACAUCUUCCAUCUAGGAUCUGGACCUAUAUCGUGGCAAUCAAAGAAACAAAAGGUAGUUGCACUCUCUUCAACGGAGGCAGAAUACAUGGCUCUAACCUUAGCCGGAUGCCAAGCAAUAUGGUUAAAAGGAAUUUUAGAUGAAUUGCAAGGAAAGGACAAUUAUCCAAUACCUAUUUACUGUGAUAAUAAGUCCACUAUAUGUCUGGCCAAAGAUUCGGUGUAUCAUGGUGCGAAAUUAGGGGUGAUGGAUUAUCUUCCAGCAUAUUUGGACCCUUCGCUACAAAAUGAAGAUAUGAUUAGGGGUGUGUCAUUUGCUUCUGGUGCAUCUGGUUUUGAUCCCUUAACAGGGAGACUAUUGAUGUUCAAAGAAUACAUUGUGAAGCUCAAAGGGAUUGUUGGAGAAAAAGAAGCCAAUGAAAUAAUAGAAAAAAGUCUGUAUUUAAUAUCGUGGAGCUCUAACGAUUGGGGUAUAAGUUACACUGCUCUUCCAAUAAGAGCAGUUCAAUACGACGUGCCUACUUAUGCUACUUUUUUGGUAAAAAAGGCAACAGAGUUUAUACAGGGGCGUGUGGAUAGGGUACGUGUGUCUUAUUAUAUGAGAAUUGAAGGCGAUAUGGAUAUUAAGUUGUACAUAGCCUUUAAGAGUGGAGGGGCACAUCUUUCAUGUAUCCUACCCUUGUUUCAUUUUGGGUGGUACCCUGGGGCGACGACAGUAUACCCACUUAGGGUUGCUACCUUAGAAGCCUUACCCGUAGGGAGCCCCCCUCCGCCCUAA